AUGCCAAAAAGGGUGCGGAGCUCUUUGUCUCACACGGGCCAACUAGUGUGCUUCUUCGUACCCAAGCGUACGGACGAUGACGAAAGCAAAAACUUCCAGAAGUUCAAUAUCUUCAAAUUUGCCGAUGGUGAAUUGAGUGUAAAGAACAGGCACCAUGAGAGCAAAGGGCAGACUAUUCACCUCGAAGCACAGUCAAGUGAAGAAAUUCUGUCUAGCGAUGGAGAGCUGGACUCUGAAGGACCCAUUGGUAUUCUGGACAAGGAAGCGGACGACAGCUCGGAAACUUCUGAUGAUAGUUUUUCUCAAGACUGGAACGAUAUCAUGGAGGAUGAAAGAAGAAAUAAUGCAAGGAUCCCAGGGCUUUUUCAAACCUCGUUAGGCUUGGGCAACAGGUACGUAGCAGAGCAGAAAAGCUCGCUCAAGCGGUUCACAAGUCAAGGAGAUGGCUCGGUGAAUAAAACCUCGUUGCAUGAUAGCAUUGUUACCCCGUCUGCCAAAAAAUCGAAGAAGAGCAAGAAAAGUACCAAUAUAGUCGGGAUAUUUGAUUUCAGCCAUCUUCUUCCUGACAAGUACGAACUUGCGUGCAAGUAUAGGAUUCUGGGAGAUCGACCAGAUGUCCUUGCCAAGUAUAAUGGUGAUGUAGCUGCGUCUUGUGGUUAUUCAGAAUUGGCUGAAGUUUGGAAUGUUUUGUCAAUUCUUUUGCUGAAUGCUUCUAGCACUAACGGUGUCAUGGAAAGCCAGUUUAUGCAAAGUUCUCUCAGCAAACAACGAAAUUUCUAUUGGGGAAAUCACCCAUUCGGUCACAGUGGUCUUAUCAAGGACAUAUUUGAAUACUUUGAGAGAAGAGGAUCUAUUCAAAUGUUAGUGACCAUGUCGUGUGUCUUAUUCGAGCGUCCAAAUUACAUUUCCAAUUAUGAUCCAGGACAUACUCCUCAAAUUGCCAAGCGCAGAUCAUUAUCUUCCACUCCUAUGGUAAGACAGUCUCCGUUGGAGGGAAGCUCAGUGGAGCGUCGUAUGGCUGAAAAUGGUAGCUACAUGACGACUCCAGUAAUAAGCACCCCAAUUCCCUUUAGUGACUACUCUAGUCCACGCCAUUACGAGAGGUCUAUCAAUUCUUCUGUUGGAAGUAGCUAUAGAGAAAGUUUCUCUGAAGCAAGCACAAUGAGAAGGGCAGGUCAAGGUCUCAACCUUUUUGAUGAUUCCAAAGCAAGAGAAGAUGGACGUAAAAGUCACCACAAGGUAGACAAAUUCGACAACCAGAACGAACACAUCAAUCGGGAAUUAGAAGAGAACUCAGAGGUAACCAUAGAAAUGUGCAACGUUGAUGAUUUGGAUCUUUUUGAAACACGACAUUCUCGAAGCUUGCUCGAUUCACAAGAUUGUGAGAAGAUUCGGCUUUAUAGAGAACAUUACGCAGAUAUGUUGUUUCUGUGGGGACUUCCCGUCCAUCGGAUCUUGGUGCUCAAGUUUAGUUAUCCAGAUGGCGAGGUUAACAGAAGCUCAUCUUCUCCGCACAGAGCCCAGAUUAAGCUUCGGUUUAAGC